AGGCUGUCACUGCCUCGGACAACCGCUUUGAAGCGCACACACUCCUGCGAGGACGUCGAGGUCAACAGCGGCGCUGUGUUAGCUACAAUAAAUAAAUACACAACAACAAGACCAAAGUGAAAGCACGAGUGCUAGCAAGGGGAAGUGUUUUUGUUUUGUACAGAGGGAAGAAAGACGCUAGCUAGCGCUUGCCUGCUAACGUCGUGUCAAUUAGUUGAUUAGGUAGGUUACACAACAAGGAAGUCAAAGUGUGGAGAAGAAAAGAAGGCGAAAACGAAAGUGUUCUAUUGGCUUGAAUUAUUCCAAGCAGGUGAUUCAGUGAUGGACUUCGUUGCUGGCUGCAUUGGAGGUGCUGCUGGAGUCUUAGUUGGUCACCCUUUUGACACUGUGAAGGUCAGACUGCAAGUCCAGAAUGUCAACAAGCCUCUUUACCGCGGAACCUUUCACUGCUUCCAGUCCAUCAUACACCAGGAGUCGAUGUUUGGUUUAUACAAAGGCAUCGGCUCACCAAUGAUGGGCCUCACCUUCAUCAACGCCAUCGUCUUCGGCGUCCAGGGGAAUGUCAUGCGUCUAUUGGGCCAGGACACGCCCGCCAACCAAUUUAUGGCGGGUGCAGCCGCAGGCGCCAUCCAGUGCAUUAUCUGCUGCCCCAUGGAGCUGGCUAAGACGCGCAUGCAGAUGCAAGGCACGGGCGAGAUGAAGUCGUCCAAGAAGACGUACAAGAACUCUCUGGACUGCUUGGCUCGCAUCUACAAGCGCGAGGGCUUGUGGGGCAUCAACAGGGGCAUGGUGACCACGUUCAUCCGCGAGACGCCCGCCUUUGGCUUCUACUUCCUGGCGUACGACGUGUUGACGCGCUACCUGGGAUGUGAACCCGAGGACCGUUACAUGAUCCCCAAGUUGCUGUUUGCCGGCGGCAUGGCGGGCAUCGCUUCAUGGCUCUCUACCUAUCCGGUGGACGUUAUCAAGUCGCGUCUCCAGGCGGACGGCGUGGGCGGUGUCAACCAGUACAGUAGCAUCGCCGACUGCGUGCGACAGAGCGUGCGCACAGAGGGCUACAUGGUGUUUACGCGGGGGCUUACCUCUACGCUGCUGCGAGCCUUUCCCGUCAAUGCCGCCACUUUCGCCACUGUCACACUUGUCCUCAUGUACGCGCGCGGCCCUCAGUCGGCGCCCGAGGACUGCGAGCCGCCUCAGACCCAGAGCUCCAGUCUGUAACGGGCAGGGGGGGUAAUGUCGCCUGCCGCGCCUUCCACUACACGGCACUUUAUCGCAGCGAGGUAGGAAGUCAAAACACUUUAUUUUAAAGCAACAAUGGCUGCUUUUGAACAAAGACGUUUAUAUUUCAAAGCAAUAAUUUACCUGUCAGGUGCAGCAAGACAUUCACUUCCUGGAAGCUUCCAGUGCAGCUCAUAUCUACGUUGCAUAUAUCCUACAAUAUACUGCACUUAUUUUCGUGUACAUACAGUAUAUAGAAUUGUCAUACUUAUUUUUUUGUGUGUACCAACUUUUUUCCUGCCUUACCGUAUUUGACGCACUGCGUAAGAACAGAGCGCCUUGCUGAAGAGCGGCGAGUAAACGUAUGAAUCGAACAUACUUAUCAAAUAUAUCAAAACAUAUGAAUCAUACAUAUCAAACUAGCUGUAUCAUGAGGUAUUUGAUUGACGAUUUUAGCCUCAAACUUAUUUUUUGUAUCAUGUAAAUUAGCAUGAAAUUAGGUGUGGACAAUACUGCUGUAAGGCUGCGUUAGCGUAUGUCAUGUUUGUUUUGGUUAAAAGGAACUGUGGUGAGGUUCAGUUUGGGUUGAAGUGUGACCAGGUACGGUAGGACUCACCUAGUGUAAGUUAACCUUAAAUUUUCAAAAAGCUGAAGCGCAACUAAGGACCUUCGCUCUUUAGUUAAGCGUCAACACUGUGAUAUAUAGCAGAAUUCAUUACCAAUUAUUUCAGGCAUUAGCGAUGUGGAACGUGCAGUACGUAACUUUGUUCCAUGGGGUGCAUUCACAUGUAUCAUGUUUGGUUUGGUUGAAAGGACCUCUGGUGCGUUUGCUAUGCCAGUACAAUUUGUUUGACCAAGUGUGAAUGCUAUUACUUAACCUCAACCUAGCAGACCAGGACUUUUUGAGAGAUGGCUUUCGAUCUGCUUGUAAGUAAACUCUGGCAUGGUGCGGAUCACUUGGGAUAAAAUGUGACUGAGACACAGAUUUUUAAAGUGUUAAAAAUCGUGAAAAUGCGUUUGAAGUGUUGUGUCUCUCCCUCAGUGUGCAUGACUGCGUGUGCGUGUACCAAUGUGUUCUUUUUCAAGUAUAUUUUACAAGCUUUUGGUGAAUUCCACUCUGCUAAAAAUAUUAUAAAAUGAAAAUAAUAUAAUUAUUCAAUCCAGCAGACUGCAUUUUGGUUUGGAAUCUAAUAAUUGUAUUUUCCGGGCUAUAGAGCGCACCAAACUGCACCCACCAAAUUUUAGAAGAAAAAAAUACUUUUACAUGUAUUAUCUGCACUGAACUGUAAGCUGCAUAUAUAUACCGGUACGAAAUAUUUUGUAAAUGUCACAUGGCAGUAAAACGGAUGAUUAAACAAAACAGGAGUCAUCAUCAUGGACCCACACGCUUCGCUCUCCAAUCAGCUAAACAGACUCAAAAAGUCCAUGGUGACGUUUUGGUGAAUAUAUUGAGAAAUUUGUGAAACUGAAAGAAUAAAAAAAGAAUGCCAUUGUAGGUUAUAUAAUACUAACACAGACAUUUGUAAACAUAUUAGCACAUUUGCUUAUUCAACCAACGCUAGCUUGAUUACAUUAGGUUAUCAUGUACAAAUUUGCAUGAAAACACUCCUACAGACAUCACACAUGAGACAGUUUAGUAAGUAUGAAUGUUCUUAGUUAUACUGUAAAACGUACAAACGUUGCUUAGAGUGAGGAAUGAAGAAUCCUUUCGAGCAGAAACGCUAUGGACGAAUAUACUUCCAGCAUGAAACAGGAAGUACAUUGUCAACCCGCAGCACCUGCAUGAGCGAACUUGUACAAAAGAAGCGCCAUAGCACACCCAAAUAACCCUCCUUUUCAGUGUCUCUGUCUGUAAUAUGCAAACUAAUUUUUGAAUACAAAACAUGGCCAUUAGCGAAGAACAAUCCAUAAAUAAGCUUUUAUAGGCUACAGGGUUCAAAGCAUUGGAAAAAGGUAGUGGCUAUAUUCUGGAAAAUACGGUAUGUGUUGUAAUAAGUAGGACAAAGUAACAAAUUUGGUACUUUUAUGUGUACUGGCCUAAUUCUGUUGGUACUAUUGGGAACUGAUGCAGGUGAACGUCAAAUGGUAACAUAUUUCAAUAGCUUUGUUGCAUGUGAUGUCAUGUUUGAUUGCGUACUCGCACGGACUGAAUAAUUGGCAAACAAACAAGCGUAGCGGACUGCCUCUAAUGUUGUAAUUUUUCAUGUCAACAAAUGGCUUCUUUUGAGUGACUGAGGAUAGCCGAUUCGCAGUAACGUACAGUAUGUUCGUUUGUAAGCCAUUCGUACUUGCGCAUCUCAAAAAAUGUGAAUAUUUUGCAUAAAUGAUUUAAUGUCAGAAGUAGAACAAUUAAAGACUCAGGAAGUUUUUUUUUUUUUAACCAUGAUCCAAAUAGAUACAUUGAUUUAAAUAGUUUGCGAUAACCUAUUAAAUUUUUGACCAUUUUUAACAUUUUAUUAGAUACUGUACUGAAUUUGAUUGUUUUAUUAGCUGUAAACUGUAAUCAUCACAAUUAUUGACAUAUACAUAAUUGAAAUGUUUGCACAGUGAUGACCACUUUGGUUUGCCACUUGUCAUAAGAGGUGAUUGUGUGUCCGGCAGCUAAACCACUUGAUUUCUAAAGUUUUUACUUUACUUUCUUCACUGAACAGUCUUCAGUCACAUGACAAGUACCAAACCACAAGUGUGAACGUAGCUUACGUAUUUUGUUGUUGUGCGUGCAUGUCCAUGGGUUCAGAUUGUUCACAUCUGAUGAAUGUAUUGUAUUUAUGUUCUAAUUAAGGACUUUAUGAACCUAAUCUGGAUGAAGUCUUUUUAAAUCAUUUGAAUGUUUUUUUUAAGUUACUAAAUAACGCUGAGAAAUGAUCUCAUUUAUGCUGGGCUUUAGUCCAAAGCUCAAAUUCAGAAUGAGGCUGUCAUGAAACGGUGCACAUUAAAACUGUUAAUUUGUUGAGAUAGUGGGACCUCUGACAUGCACUAAAAACCAAAACAUGUUGAAUGCAAUAUGCUGUAUAUGUAAUUUUGAUUGUUUUGCUUUGUGACUAUGAGACACUUGAAUUUAUACAAUGUGAGUAUUAGGAAUAUACUGGCAGAAUAUUUUCUCCCCCAAAAAACUACAUAUGACAAGUACAACUAUUUAAAAAAGUAAUUUAUUACGGGAAUGAAGUACUAAAGUUGUAAUAUUUUUAGGAAAAAAGUCAGGGUCAGAAUUUUAAGAAGUAAAAAACAUAAUUGGUAAGACCAAAGUGUAAAUGUACGAGAAUAAAAUAUAUAUUAGAUCAUUGUACAGUGAAUACAGCCAAAAACCUUGUACGGAAAAAGUUGCAAUUAUACAAGUAAUCAGUGCGACGUCUUUUAAGUAAAAUUUUAAGUACACCUGAGUCAUAAUUUUAGAAGCAAAACAUAUUUCUUUAAAAUUGUAAGUAAAAAAGACUAAAGUUGUAAUGUUACAAGAAAGAAGUUGUAACUGUACGUCAACAUAUUUGGAGCAAUUUUCAGGCUAACUAUAAUGAAAGCAAGACUGUCAAGACAAAAGUUAUUUUAUCUGCAGGAAGUUGAAAUACGAGCAAAACUCAUAAUAUAAGAAAAAAGUUUUAACAUUGUGAGAACAUGAAAAGGGAAGUAUUCUUUCUUUGACCUAUAAAUGCUAUAAUAUCAAAUACUUGUGUUAAACGAUGUCAAAGUGUCAAAUAAUACGGUUUGUGCAUUUGCAAGCAGUUUUGGACGGGUCUGACGUUUGUUGUUAUUUUUUACAGUCUUUUUUUAAUUUUUAUUAUUUGCUUAUAUGGGCAUGCCUAUAUAAGCUAUGUAGCUGCUCUACAGGAGUCCAAAUAUUAAAUACAUACUGUAGGACCGUAAAUUAGAAUACAGUAUUUGGUCUCCUUUAAUAUUGACCUAAAAUUUUUGUUUAAAAAAAUGCAACUCAUUUUAUAACUAAUAACAUCUUGUUAAAUAACAACUUUUCCCCCUUUGCACCUUUUGUUAAAUUUGCAACAACAAACAUACCUCUCCUAGUUUCCCUAAGAUAAAUAUUACACUUAUCUACAAUUAAUAUUUUAUGACAAACUGAUUCCAGUCACAAGCAGAGCUGUCAAAAUAAAAUCAAAACUGUUUAAUGGUGAAAUGUCCACAGUGUACAGAUGGAACAUUUGAUUUCAUAACUUCAAAAACAUAGAUGUUAUAUUUGUAUAACUUCACAAAUGGGCGAAUAAAUAUGAUGGAUGAUGA